AUGCUAGGCGGCAAAUCAGCUUCCAAUCAGAAGAAAUACGGUACUCCUCUCCCUGUCCUUCUCCCUUCCUCUCCUCUCCUCUCACCAAGCCGCAACACAUUCCUGGGUAGCUACAUUCCUUCAUUGCUAUCAAGAGAGAGAAUAGAGAUACCUCAAUGUGUAGGAGUGUACGAUGCUACCACUCGAUCAGUUUGGGUCACGCGGAGAGACCACAUAGAUAUAUUGUUCAGACGAGGCUUUUUUGGAAAGGGGACAUUGAGCAGGAGUGAACCUACUUGGCGAGAGCGGAGAUUGGGGGAUCUGAAGAGUGGGGAUGGUUUGACAGCCGAACAAGUCCGAGAGAAACGUCGUAUAGAAAGGAAACAAUUCAAGAUUGAUCGUGCAGCCGCCAUGCUCUCUGCUGCCAAAGCAGCGGAAGCUGUCCUCACUUCCGGUCAAACCCCUUCUUUAGAAGCUAUAUCAGAGGACGGAUCAUCGGGUGGAGUCGAUCUGACCACUCUCACUCCUCAGACAUUCCUCGUGAGACCUACAAGACCAGACACCAACCGAAAUCGCGGGCGGAAAGCUUUCAAGAGGACACCCAAACCUCCCCUUCCAGCUGAUGCACCUCAACCUACUCCAUCCUCAUUAGCUCCUAUAAAUCCAGGUGUGGAGAUUGUGGACCUAGGUCCGGAUGAGCAACAGGAUGAAGAGGAUGAAGAAGACUUAGCUGAAGAGUUGGUAGAGGAUAUGGAACAUUUGCAGUUGGCUCUGGAAGAAGCUUGGUUUUUAGCUUCUGCUUUGGGGGUGUUGAAGAUUUAUGAUCCUCUCACGAACACUUAUCCUCCUCCAAGUGCUAUACUCCCUCUUUUCCUCACACCCUUCUCGCCAGGUCUUCACCCCGUCGUCCCUCUACCUGUGCGACCCGAUGAUCCCUUUUUAGUAAGCUAUGUGGCAUAUCAUCACUUCCGCUCUCUUGGAUGGGUGGUCAAACCAGGCAUCAAAUUCGCCUGUGACUGGUUAUUAUAUCGUCGAGGUCCUGCUUUCUCCCAUUCUGCAUUUUCCUGUGUCGUCAUCCCUGUUUAUUCUGACCUGGAGGAACAAGCCGAGUCGCCUUAUGGAAAGGAAGACUGGUAUGUCGAGAGAUGCAGUUGGAAGUGGAUGAACACCAUUAUGCGCGUCAAUUCGCUCGUUCAAAAGACUGUGAUACUGGUCUACGUGACAAUACCUUCCACCUCAGCUUUCCCACCUUCCACUCAACUAAGCGGAGGAGGGUUAGAUUGGCGGAAGAUUAACAUGUCAGGUAUCUUAUCUCGGUACACUGUCAGGGAGGCCGCUCUCACACGUUUCAGUCCUGCUCGACGGAGAGAUUGA